AUGGUCCCGGAGGACCUGGGGGCCCAGGGUUUGGAGGUCCUCAAGGUGGUCCUCAAGGUGGCCAAGGAGGAUUUGGAGGACCCCAAGGAGGUCCCGGUGGCCCUCAUGGCGGUCCCCACGGCGGCCCUGGUGGUCCUGGAGGGUUUGGAGGUCCUCAAGGAGGCCCCGGCGGUCCCGGUGGCCCUGGUGGCCAUGGAGGUUUUGGAGGUCCUCAAGGAGGCCCCGGCGGUCCCGGUGGCCCUGGUGGCCAUGGAGGUUUUGGAGGCCCCCAAGGAGGUCACGGCGGUCCUCACGGCGGUCCUCAAGGCGGUCCUGGUGGCCCCGGUGGUCGUUGGUAAAGGAACUCAGCUUGAACGACUCGGAACAAACGCAGACAUGAGAUUGGGAAUUGGGAUGGGAUAG